UUCUUCUUCUUCUUCUUCAGUUCUUCCCUAUUGCGUCGCCGUCAAACGCCGUUUAAAAUUUUUUCCCAUCGCCUCCAAAGGGCAACUUUUAAACUGCAAGCCCACGACGAAUAUGCGUUAAUGGCGGAAACUAAGUGGAAGAAGAACAAGAACAAGAAUUUGGUACAAGUAAAUCAAUGUCGCAUCGCAAAUGAAUGGCAAGGAUUUCCACUCGACAACUCCUUCACUUCAGACACGCCACCCUCUCUCUGCCCUAUAAAUCCAUUAGUCGAUCUUCGUCUCCAUUUUGCUCUUUCCCAGAACCAGAUCUUAAUCCCCCUAGACAUAACCGAAGCUUCUCGCUUCUCCAAUCAUGCCAGAGCAUAAGAGAAUUGCUUCAAAUCCAUGGCCAUUUGAUCACCUCAGGACUUUUCAACCACCAUUUUUGGGCCAAUAGAGUUCUACUGCAGGCCUCGGAGUUUGGCGAUAUUGUUUAUACUAUUUUGAUCUUCAGGCGUAUAAAAAUUCCCAAUACCUUUUGUAUCAAUAGAGUCCUCAAGGCUUAUUCUCUCAGCACAGUUCCUCAAGAGGCUGUGUUCCUGUAUUUUGAAUGGCUUGGUAAUGGGUUUCGGCCAGACACUUACACUUUUCUGUCACUUUUUUGUGCUUGUGCGAGUGUUGGUUGUGGGGCAUCUGGGCGGAAGUGCCAUGGACAGGCCUUCAAGAAUGGGGUUGACUGUGUGAUGGUUCUGAGGAAUAGUUUGAUUCAUAUGUAUGGCUGUUGUGGGGAUAUCGAGCUCGGUCGCAAGGUGUUCGACGAAAUGUCGGCGCGGGAUUUGGUAUCUUGGAAUUCGAUUGUUACUGCCUAUGCAAGGAUUGGAGAUUUACAUACUGCCCACGACUUGUUUGAUGAAAUGCCUGAGAGAAAUGUUGUCUCUUGGAACUUGAUGAUUGGUGAGUAUUUGAGAGGUGGGAAUCCUGGCUGUGCUAUGAAGUUGUUUAGGAUUAUGGUGAAGAUGGGAAUCAGAGGGAACAGUACAACAAUGGUUAAUGUACUUGGUGCUUGCAGCCGAUCGGCUAGGCUGAAUGAAGGAAGAUCGGUUCAUGGUUUUAUGUACCGGGCUCUGAUGAAGUUUUGCAUAUUUAUCGACACGGCGUUGAUUGACUUGUAUAGCAAAUGCCAGAGAGUGUCGGUUGCACGUCGAGUAUUUGACAGGAUGCUGAAUCGCAAUUUGGUCACGUGGAAUGCAAUGGUUUUGGGGCACUGUCUUCAGGGGAAUCCUGAAGAUGGACUUGAGCUGUUUGAGGAAAUGGCUGCCAAACUGAGAGAAAGAACUGGGGAAACAGACCAUGACAAGAAGUACGGGCGAGACGAAGGUAAACGAGAAGUUUUCCCAGACCAAAUUACAUUUAUUGGCGUUCUCUGUGCCUGUGCCCGGGCAGGACUGCUGAAAGAUGCAACCAGUUAUUUCGAUGAGAUGAUUAACGUGUUUCUUGUGAGACCAAAUUUUGCCCAUUAUUGGUGUCUGGCCAACGUUUACGUUGCAGCAGGGUUAAUUCAGCAGGCUGUGGAAAUACUGAGGAACAUGCCUGGAGAUAAUGAGGACUUUUCAUCAGAAUCCGCCAUAUGGAUCAACUUGCUCACUUCAUGUCGCUUUGCGGGAGAUGUUUCUUUGGGAGAACAGAUCGCAAACUAUUUGAUCAACACAGAACCUAAGAACGAAUCAUACUAUAGACUGCUUCUGAAUAUUUAUGCUGUAGCAGGGAAAUGGGAGGAUGUUACUAGAGUUAAGUUGUUAAUGAAAGAAAAAAGACUAGGAAGAACGCCGGGUUGUAGACUGAUCGACCUAAAAGAGAUUGUUCACAGAUUGAAAUUUGGAAAUCUUCUGCAAGAAGGGAUGGAGGAAUCUAAUACAGUUAUGCUUAAACUUGCUAGUGAGGUGAGUUUAUGGUCAAAUAUUGCUGCAGGGCAAUCAGAUAUUGGAGUUUAGAACCAUUUGCUACUAAGAUAAGAUGUGUAGACACACGACAGUUUACACAAAGAUCCCGUUGCUUAAUGUCUAAGAUCCCAAGGGUUUGUUCCUGUAUCACGAAAAAGAUGAUCCGAAGCUAGACUCGCAGAUUAAGGCGAUCUCCCGAACAUAUCUUGAUAACAGCUUGCUUACAGCUACCCGACAGAACUGAACUAACAGUCCUGCAGAGUUAUGCUUUUACAUCAUAUGAUAGCUGAGAAAAUGCAGAAAGAGGUCUGUUUCCCCUGCUCUUCAGCUGAAAAUGUUGGCUAUGCCACCUUAGUUUCUUUAAUACAGCCUUAUGGAUUUGUGGUGAAAGCUUUCUCUUCAACCUAGCAGCAUGUGAAGUGAAGGUGGAGCAAUAAUAGUUAUAACAUUUAUUGCUCAUCUGAAUUCAUAGAUGAUUUUGUUGAGCAACUUUUCUUAUCUAUUUCUCAAUUCAAUUCUGUUUCAAUUCAUUUUGAUUCUCUUGGAAUAAUGGGAACUAAAAUUUUUCAACCGUCAAGCUUUCUAACUUGAUUAGAUGACUCUAACUCCAAAUGGUGUGAGCCCCAUCUUACUUCUGAAAAUAUUUGCCUCAGAGAGUAACCUAAUUGCGGAGCCAUCGGCUGCUUCUGCACAAAACUCUACAGCAGUCCGAAGAGAGGCUAUUCAAGCAAGAUGAAUCAUAAGAAUGAUGGUUCUCACUAACUCAAUCCACAUGAAUCCACAUGAAUCAAAGGAGCAACUUCCUAUUUGGAUAACCAGAAAAAGGAAAGAAAAUCUUUUGACUCUAUUCGUGUGUUAUUUAUCCCCACUGUCUUGCACAAUUCAGAGUCAGUCACAAGUCACAACAAGAUCAAAUCCUUCCUUCA